GUCGCGGAACAACGCGAAACGUCAUCGGUCACGGCCGGUUGCGCCUUUAAAAAAAUACCGGACAUUCCAGCGAAGCGCUCGACCGUCCGUUAAACGAAACGCGCCACGAGGAACGAGAGAGAGAGAGAGAGAGAGAGAAGGAGUGAAAGAGACUCAUCCAUACCGGUGGACGUGAAAUAAAAAAGGAUCGAGAUUCGAGAGCAGUCGUCGUCGGUACGGUGGGAUCGGAUGGUCGGUAACGCGUCACACGACGACGAGGCGCAGUUUCUCUUCGUCGAGUGAGCGAGAUCAACGAGAUCCUCUCUUGUGGCGUGCUUCACGUCACGUUGUUACGAUCGUCGUCGCGGGUCGCGGCGGGCGUGCACUGGCGUGCAGUUGCAGUCGCGCGCGCGCGCGCGCAUAUUCUCCGUCUCGUUUUCUUAUUCGAUCGCUCGCUCGCUCGCUCGCUCCUCAGGGACUGUGCGCGGGUAAGAUCGAUGGUGUGUGGUGCGAUCGCACCUCGCGGCCGUCCGUACGUCGUCGCGACGUCGUAUCCAAUCUAGCUUCGUUGCGCGCGGCAAUCACGCAGCAAAUCCGCGGGCGGAAGUCGCCGCGGGAGUGAGAUCGGCGACGGACCGGUGCCGCUCCCCGGAAGCAGCGCAGCGCACAAGUGUCCUGGUGGUGCCGCCGCCGCCGCCACCGGCAGCAGCAGCAGCGGCAGCACGUCGCGAUGUCGCGUCUCGUCAUCCGCGUACCGCGUAUCUCCGUCGCGCCGUCGCGGCGCGCGCUAAUUGCCUGCGACGCGUAAUUCGCCGCCGCGAUGGACUGACACGUCUAUCGUCGUGCGAGUCGACCGUCCGAAGACGUGAGUGCAUGAUCGCCACGUCUCGCGUAACGUACACGCAGUUGGACAACGUGUUGAGCGUUGACGAAACGAGGUAAACACGUUGCGUGGAUCGCAACGUUCUUUUCCGAUGCUCCGUCGUUCAUCUUCUCCGUGAAUUGUCCGGCUGUAUCUCGACGGAAUUCUCGACUGACGUUCGUCGACGUUGACGCGACGGAAGCAUGUAGCGCGUGUCCUUGUGGUCGAAUUGAUCGAAACUUGACGCCGCGGAUCCGUCGAUCCCAGAUUUUACAAUGAGUUCGCAACCGAUUGUCGUGCCAGGUGGUGAGCAUCAACGCCUUCAGCCGGAGACUCAAUCAGUGCCAGUUGGAAGUUCGACGGACAACUUCAAGACCAUGACACCGCCGAACGUCAGCCGAUCCCUCAGUCAACCAGCGGAACGACAACUUCGAAGAAGCAGCAUCCAAGCACAGUCUGCACCAUUACCUAAACUUCCAUCAACUGAGUCUCUUUCGACAAGCGUAAAUAUUACAGCCGGUGCACCUCCAGUUUCUCCAGCUGUUUCGUCACAAGGAAUCUCUGCGGGCGAAGGUAGUCAAAAAAUGGAUAAUUUAUCAGAGAAGUCGUUGGAUACUUCCAAAUUAACGCGGAAGGAAUCGUAUAAAGCUCAGAGAAAAAACUAUCGAAUGGAAAAGAAACGAGUAGCUAACGAACUUUUAAGCUCUUUCAAAGAUCCAACCGUUAUUGUCAUGAGUGAUUGGUUAAAAGUUCGCGGCACAUUGAAAAGUUGGACCAAGUUAUGGUGUAUUCUGAAACCUGGAUUAUUGCUGUUGUACAAAAGUCCAAAAACAAAGAGUAACCAUUGGGUGGGAACGGUUCUACUCAAUACAUGUCAAGUUAUAGAACGUCCGAGUAAGAAAGAUGGAUUUUGUUUUAAAGUGUUUCAUCCUUUGGAACAAUCUAUAUGGGCCCCUCGAGGACCAGAAAAAGAAGCUAUUGGUGCCGUUGUACAACCUUUACCAACAUCUUACUUAAUCUUUCGAGCACCGUCCCAAGCGGCAGGCAAAUGUUGGUUGGAUGCACUUGAAUUGUCGUUACGUUGUUCUUCGUUAAUAGUGCGCUCAACAAGCGCAUUACCGCGUCCUUUACCACACGAUGCAACCACCACUCAUGAAACUCAAUGGAGCGAGGCUGAUUAUGAAAAGCACUUUGAUGAUCAUGCAUAUUUAAGUUGCUAUGCCCCAAGAACGCCUACAACGCCUCAAAGACGCUUGUUAUCUUAUCCACAACCACUCUCACCUACUAUGACUCAAGAUCUGAGAAGCGUUUGUCCUUCUCCAACUCCAAUGUUUCAACAUCUUUGUCAUGCAGUUGCUUAUUGGGAAAAAUUCUUGCUUGACCGAUCUCCCACACCUGGAAUAGAUCAAGAAAACGUUGUGUCUUCAAUUCCCAAUGAGGAACCAGAUGGUGACGAUGAUCAGCCAUUUGGUUCUUCAUGUUCCACUUCUGCAUCUCACCCAUCAAUUUUCCCAGCACGUCGCAUGACUAUUCCUUCUGUACAUGUCUUAGAGUAUGAUACCCGUCAAGUAGUAACGCUAGAUCCUGUGUACACCUCGCAUACAGACCUGGACGAUAUUAGUCAGCCGGAGAAUGGAGUAGCAGCUGAUGCUGAAAUCAGUGCAUCGGACAGCGAGUCUGAGGCAUCGGCCAAGGAAGAUCAAUCGUCAGAGCCAAUCACCGAGACACCAUAUGUAUCUAAUGAAAAUGAAGUUCUUGGAACAGCCGGUGAAGUCGUUGCGGAGCUGCAAGAAGAGCAAAAAUCUUUGAUAUGGUUCUUAAUGAAACAAGUUCGUCCUGGCAUGGAUCUAUCUAAAGUUGUAUUGCCAACUUUUAUUCUGGAAUCACGUUCAUUUCUAGAAAAAUUGGCCGAUUCGUAUUAUCACGCCGAUUUACUAUCCCAAGCAGUAUUGGAAGAUGAUGCGUUUACACGUAUGAAAGCCGUAGUGAAAUGGUACUUGUCGGGAUUUUACAAGAAACCACAAGGUUUGAAAAAGCCAUAUAAUCCGCUUUUGGGCGAAACAUUCCGCUGCUAUUGGCAACAUCCUAAUGGUUCAAGAACAUUCUAUUUAGCCGAACAAUUAUCGCAUCAUCCACCUAUCUCAGGAUUUUAUGUGACAAAUCGCCAAGAUGGUUUUACUAUUAGCGCAACGAUUAUUGCAAAAUCUAAAUUUUAUGGAAAUUCUACCUCCGCAGUUUUGGAUGGUAUCGCUAUAUUAACGAUGCUGCCGAGAGGUGAAGAUUAUACAAUGACAAUUCCUUAUGCACAUUGCAAAGGCAUUCUUAUGGGGACGUUGUCUAUGGAACUCGGUGGAAAAAUAAACAUAAUAUGCGAGAAAACCGGCUAUCAUACUGAAUUAGAAUUUAAACUUAAGCCGUUUCUUGGUGGCGCUGAAUUAAUGAAUCAAGUUGUGGGACGAAUACGCCUAGGAAAAGAAACUUUAGCUACUAUCUCAGGAUACUGGGAUGGAUUGAUCUCAAUAACGGACAAACGGACAGGACAAGAAAAUGUUUUCUUCAAUCCAACUCCGGAAGUACGUAAAAAAAGAUUAAAGAAAUUUACUGUUCCUUUGGAACAUCAGGGAGCGUGGGAAAGCGAAAAAUUGUGGUUGGCUGUUACACACGCCAUUAAUAGGGAUGAUCAGGUUGCUGCUACUGAAGCUAAAACUCGACUUGAAGAAGCACAAAGAGAACGGGCUAAAGAACGGAAAAAUUUAGGACAAGAAUGGAUUCCAAAAUACUUUGUUCAAGAUAUUAUAACAGGAAAUUGGGUUUAUCGGCAUGCUGAUGUAAGACCAUGGGAUCCAAGAAACGAUGUAAUACAAUAUGAAGAGAAUUAUAUAGUGCGCACAAAAACUAGACAUAAAACACCUAUUAUGCGUACUGGUAGUAUUGUUUCUACUGAACCACAAUCACAGAUUCCAUUAUUACAAGCUGAAUCACGUUCCUCCUUGUCAGUGCUCAAAUCUUCUAAGAGGCAGCUAUCAAAUAAUAUGCCUUUGGCAGAAACUCAUGAUUCUGGGAGCUCAUCUGCAGAGGCACAUACAGAUUCUAGUCAAUCCUUAGGAAAAAGAAGACGUUCGACUGCUAGAUUAAUUGACAUAAUGAAAGGAAUAGAGCAUCAAUCGAUAGAACACGGCGAGAAAUUGAAUCGUAUACAACAGAUUGUAGAACAAGUUGUCAGGAAACAAAGAGAAUCUGGUGAACAGCAUCAUAAUAUAAAUAUGUUUAAGAGCUUUGUGGAUACUAUACUUAUUAUUGUUAUCGUAUUUUCCGUGCAAUAUUUUGUGAACAUAUGGAAUAGUCCCACUAAGGGUUGAGGGAUUUAAUAAGAUUAUUCUUCAUAUCUUUUAUGUUACACUUGUUAUUUGAAUUAAUGUAUCACUUGUUUUUCUAUGUCCUAAAAUUCUCUCGGCGUGUGGUGUCGGUAUUUCACGGUGAAGUAAACUAUUUCGCGCGCAGAAGAAAUAUAAUUUUUAUUCCAGAACACUAUAAAACAUUCUUGUCGAUAUAGGAAUAAGAUAUUAAGAGAAAAUAUAUAUUAGAAAUUCUAUAUGUUAGAUCCAGUGCAAUGGUAUUUUGUUAUAGGUGCAAAAAUAAAGAAAUUUAAGUACAGGAACUAACAAUCUAUAUGAGCUUAUAUUGUAUAUAGGGUGCUUAAGAAUAAUAUCGGGUGUUGUAAUAGUUCUCUCGAAUUACUAAUAUAAUUUUUAUUGCAAUCAGCCAGUACCAAAUUGUAAUAUAAUCACGUAAUUGUAAAAAUAUUGUUCGGAUGUCACUUUUGAAACUAAUUUAUUGUAAGUUCCACUAUAUUUAAAUAUGUAUUAAUAUAUUAUGUAAGAGUGUAUUGUAUAUAUAUAAUUUAAUUCUGAUGUGAUAUCAAAUUUAUAAUAAUCUCCUUUCUGUCUAUGUAAAAUUUGCCAUCUUUUCGUCAGUGCACCGAGUAUUCGGUGCACUGGCGGAAGUACCAUACAUUGACAGAAAAGUUAAACUGUUUUAUUUACAUUGGUAAUUUGCGCCAAGAUGUUGUAUUUAGAUAAAAAUUUUCUCUAAAACUCCGAUAUAGAAAGCUUAUGAUAUUUGAUAUUUUAUUUACCGCUAAGCUUGUCAUGUGAUAUCUCUAUAAUAUAGUAAUAGCAUUGGACUUAUGUAUAUAUACAUAUAAAAAAUUUAUCCAGUUUGCUUGACAUUGCAUCAGACAUAAUAUAAUUUUUUUUAAUCAAUAAACAUAUUUAUGUAAUUUUUGGAAACUAAAUUCAAUAAAAUAGUAUAGUUUAAUAAAUCA